AUGGCUUCCACACGUGAGGGCCACUACAGAGGAGUGAGGAAGCGCCCUUGGGGACGGUACGCGGCGGAGAUUCGUGACCCGUGGAAGAAAACCCGUGUUUGGUUGGGCACUUUUGACACCCCUGAGGAGGCUGCACUGGCCUACGACGGCGCCGCCAGGUCACUCCGCGGUACCAAGGCGAAGACCAACUUUCCAGCUCCGCCGCUAGGUCAUCCCUUGGAUCUCAACCUUCCGUCUGAUAAUCGAUGGGUCUCUCCAUCAGGCACUCUCGUGCUAAAUGACUUUAUCCGGACUGGGGUCGUCAAAGAUGCGAGUUUCAAGGCUGGUGACAAAUGCUUGUCUCCAGUAGGCAAUGGAGUUCAUGUAGCUUCCUCAUCCGGACCUCCGGUUGUGGAAGGCGACGGUCCGGCUAGGUAUUUUGGGAUUGUGAAACGUGGGUUGCCCAUUGACUUGAACGAGCCUCCACCCAUGUGGAUGUAA